AUGGGAACAAAAUCCUUCAUCUACAUGCAGACUCGCUUCUCAUCUGAAGCAGAAAAUACUAUCAGUCUACUUGGUGACGUUGACGGCAUCAAUCCCGACUCUCGAGAGCUUCAACAGAUCCAGGAGACCGUUAGCGCUACUGAAAGUGCGUCGCCACAUUCUCUAAACCCGCGUAUCCAAUUUUUGCGUCUUUCAGCCAUCGUACGAGGCAGACAGGGCGUCCUUGGAUCAACUCCUCCCUAUCAGCCGGCGCCACCAUCUCUGUAUCGAGCACUCGGUGUCGACCAAGAAGAAAGCGUAACCGAUCCAGUCGAAACACACACGCGGUCACCUCUACGCAAUCUCGCCUACUCAGUACGACCGACCCGGCAUGAGUCACGACCAUUCACACAUAUAACGCGCCAACCUCACCUUCAAACUCUCCAGAGAGGUCUCCUUUCGAAGCCCCUCAAAAUGCCUCAGACCGGAUUCCAGGCGCUGAUACUGUGCGGUCCGGGCAUCGGUCUUAGCACUUUCACGAGUGUCCCCUCGGAAUUUCCCAAGGCGCUGGUCGAAAUCGGCAAUCGUCCUAUGGUAUGGUACGUCUUGGACUGGUGUUACCGCAUGGGUGUGACCGACAUCACACUCAUUACUCCACCAACAUCAAAAGAACCCAUCGCAGCGGCCCUCGCACAAAACCCAUACCUCACCUCUCUCCCAUCACCAAGUCCCGACCUCCUAGCUCCUGAGGAUCUCGAAUUCACCACCCCAACCGCCGAACUCCUCCGUCUCCCCGAGGUCCAAGCAGUAAUCAAAUCCGAUUUUGUUCUCUUGCCGUGCGAUCUCAUCUGCGCCAUCCCUGGAGAAAACUUCCUCGAAACGUAUCUCACUCGGCUUGCUGGUCCUGGCGGUAUCGGGCGCAACGAAGACAUCGAAGCUUCGCGCAACGAGCUCCUUGCAUUGGGCGGCGAACGGCGCGGCCGUCGGGGCGGACUGAGCAUAUGGUACAACACUCUCGACCGUGAAGAAUCCGUCAAGCACGAAGAAUGCGACUUCAUGUGCACCACGAAACUCGACCCGGAGCACGACGUCCCUUCAUCGUUGUCCAAAUCAUCUCAAGGCCAGGGUAUAUUGCGCAAACUCGUCUGGGCCAUGCCCAUGUCCGAACUCUGGGAUCAGUGUGAGGAGGACAAGUCCUGGAAAAUUCGACAAUCUCUGCUGCGCAAGCACGGCGCCAUUAAGUGUCUGACCAAAUACCGUGACUCUCAUAUCUACUUUCUUCCAUACUGGGCGAAAGAAUUCGCCAGAUUGAACGAGGACUUUGAGUCAGUCAGCGAAGAUCUCGUGGGGACAUGGGCAAAAGCGGAGUGGCGCAAACCAGCGUACCGGGCACGAUUUGGCGCACGGAAGAUAUUCUCGCAGACUUCGAACCCGGAACGGAAUGAUAUACCCCAGCAUGAGCGACCGAUUGAGGAGGAGAUCGAUCUGCUUUCGCUAAGCAGUACGCAGAUCACUACGCAGGCGCAGGUAAACUCGACGCCGGCUGUGCGCACGGCCAGACUGGCCUCAAGAGUUCAGGCAGAUCCGGAUGAUAGCAUCAUCUCGCCGGUCGAAGGAUCCCAUGACUACGAGGAAGCCAGCUCAGUUCCUGUGGUGCCGCCGAUACUGUCGUACAUUCUACCUUCUACGCCCGAAACACCGCUCGUGAGACGAGUCGAUACUACACCAUUAUUAUUAUCUGUCUCGCUAUCACUCGCCAAAUUGCCAUCUAUCGAAGAGUGCCUUGCCGCCAAGACACCCGUAUCCCCGUUCUCGCACCAGGUGAAGGUCCACGCCACCACGACCAUUGCGCCGCGGGUCACGAUUUCACGAUCGGACACGCUGAUCGAUAGUAACAGUACCAUUGCGACACAGUGCGUGAUCAAGUCCAGUGUCAUUGGGGCGAGCGUGGCGAUUGGGACUGGGAGCAGGAUAACGGGAUGUGUGAUCAUGGACGGCGUGACAAUCGGCGAUAAGUGUGUCCUUACGAAUACGGUCGUCGGAAAGAAGGCAAAGGUCGGAAACAAGACGACGCUCGUCGGUUGUGAAGUACAGGACGGGAAUGUGGUUGCGGAUGGAACGGAGGGUAAAAACGAGAAAUAUCUGGUAGGUGGGUUGGAGGAUGAGAUGGAGGGAGAGGAGCUGGGAUUCGAUGAUAACGAUGAUGAUGGAGAUGAUUGCGAGGGACUGGAUCGAGAAGAGUCGUGAGAGUCCACAGCUUCGUAUUAGCAAAGUGAAUGAUCCACAAAAUUCAUAGACGAUAUAGCAUCAGCGGUCGUCUGGGACACAAUAAUUGCGAGUGCUUUUAGGCUUCGGAAUGACGUCGGGGAAACCAUCACCGCCAAAGCCAAU